AUGACUGUUAGUCAAGUAUGUAAUUUAAUCCACCAGGGGGGGGGUUUAUUACAAUUGAAAUUUUCAUUUAGUCAAUCAUGUUCAAGUGUUCGUAAUUUUAUUCAUCGAAUUUGAAGAGACUCAACUGAUAGCUGACUAAAUUAAUUAAAAGCUUCAAUUACCUCAUUAAUACUAACAAACUAUUGUUUUUAGAUACCAGAUCUCGAAAAACGACCUGGGAUAAAUGAACUAGAAUUGGAAAAAAAUAAAAAUAUCACACAAGAACAAAGAGAUGAAAUAUACCAAAAUGGUACUCAGGUGUUAAAUAAUUUACCAUCUAAUUUAUCAUCAUCAGAAACCAAAUCAUCAGAUAUUUCAGAAAAAGGUGAAAAAGGUGAAAAUGGUGAAAAAAAUGAAAGUUCAGGUGGUCACAUUACUUUAAAUCCAUUAUCUAAAAGUAAGUCAAGAAACGAAAAAGAAAUCGAAAAAGAAAAAGAGUAUUUAAAUAAUAAAACAGUGCACGACAUUGGCAGAAAUCAUAAAGUUCAUGAAGAUAAAUCAAUUUCAAAGGAUAAAAAAUUAGUUUCAAAAGAAGAAGUCAGAGAAUAUAACAAAGAACAACAAUUGAAUAAUCAAAACCCAUUGGUUGCCUCAAAAAAUCAACCAAGAAACCCAGACUCCGAAGAUUUAAAAAAUCAACCACAAAAAGUCAGAAUUAGAGAUAGAACUACUUUCUCAUGGCAAAAUGUUGGUUCUUGGGAUGCUGGUUCUGAAGGAAAUGUCGAUAAAAAGGCUUUAUUAAAAAAUGCCAAAAUUGUAGAAAGUUAUAUAAUUGACCAUUUUUAUGGUGAUUGGUUUUGGAAUUGUUCAUUAAUUUUAGGUACUUGUUUUUUUGCUUGGUUGGUGGCCAGGUUAGGUGGUAGUAUUUUAUCAUUAGGUUUUGUCUUGUUGUUCACAAAUUCAGUUUAUAGAUCUGAAUUUAGAAGAUUUAAUCGUAAUAUCAGAGAUGAUUUAACAAGAGUUAAAGCCAAUAAUAGAUUAGUUGAUGAAUUAGAAACUAUGGAAUGGAUGAAUUCAUUUUUGGAUAAAUUUUGGGUAAUAUAUAUGCCAGCAUUAUCUGAGACUGUUAUGUUUCAAACAAAUGAAAUCUUAAAAGAUCAAGCACCAGGUAUGGGUAUUGAAGCUUUAAGUUUAAAUGAAUUUACACUAGGCUCUAAAGCUCCAAGAGUUGAUUCAAUUAAAUCUUAUACUCAAAAGGGUAAAAAUAUAAUUGAAAUGGAUUGGGCCUUUUCAUUUGCUCCAAAUGAUACUGAUGAUAUGACUAAAAAUGAGAUUAAAAAGAAAAUUGAUCCAAAAGUUGCUCUAGGUGUUACUGUUGGUAAAGGUAUUAUCACAAAAUCAUUACCUAUUUUAGUUGAAGAUAUGACUUUUAUUGGUAGAAUGAAGGUCAAAUUAAGAUUAAAUAAUAAUUUUCCACAUGUCAAAAUGGUUUCAAUUCAAUUUUUAGAAGCUCCAACUAUUGAUUAUGCUUUAAAACCCGUUGGGGGUGAUACUUUAGGAUUAGAUAUUAUGUCAUUUAUUCCUGGUUUAUCUAAAUUUAUUAAUGGUAUAAUACAUUCUACUUUAAGACCAAUGUUGUAUGCUCCAAAUUCUUUAGAUGUUGAUGUUGAAGAAUUGAUGUCUGGUCAAUCAAAUGACUCUAUUGGUGUUGUAGCAGUCACGGUCAAACAAGCAAAAAAAUUAAAAACGGGUAGCAAUACAAAGCCAAAUAGUAUUAAUCCAUAUGUUCAAAUUCAAGUUUCAAAUAAUGGAGAAAUUGAUGAAAGAACAAACACCAAAAAAUCAAUAAAUGAUCCGAUAUUUAUGGAGACGAAAUAUAUUUUGAUUAAUCAAUUGGAAGGAAAUUUCUUGAAUUUCAAUGUUUUUGAUUUAGUUAAAGAUAAACCUGAUGAUAAAUUAAUAGGUAAUUGUGAAUUUCCAUUAAGUGAAUUAUUACAAGAAGAAAAUAUACAAGACAUCACGAAGAAUAUUAUGGAAGGUGGUAAAGUUGUUGGUAAAUUAAAUUUAGAUAUUAAAUGGUUUCCAACAAUUAAACCAAUUACGUUGGAGGAUGGCUCAAAAGAGAUUGUGACUGAUGCAGAAGUUGGUAUUAUGAAAAUUACCCUUCAUGAAGCUAAAGAUUUAGAUAUUUCACAAUCUGUUAUUGGUUUAUUAAAUCCUUAUGCUGAAAUUUUUGUCAAUAAUGAAUUGGUUAAGAAAUGUCGUAGAAAUAGACAGACGAAUGAACCUUCGUGGGAGCAAAGUUUUGAAAGUAUUAUUACAAAUCAAUCAGAAACUACUAUUCAAAUUUUAGUUAGAGAUUCAGUUGAAAAUAACAUUGUUGGUAAUUUACAAGUUAAUUUACAAGAUAUAGUUUUUGAAAGUGGGAGAGGUCAAGAAUGGUUUGAAUGUCCACCAAUUGGACCAAAAGGACCAGCACCAAAAAUAAGAAUUAGUGCUAGUUGGAAACCAUUAGCUCUUGAUGAAGAUACAAGUGCAAAAGUUAUAACUCCAGCACCAAUUGGUGGUAUGAGAUUACAUUUAAGAGGAGCCAAGAAUUUAAAGAAUUUAGAAUCAGUUGGAUAUGUUGAUCCUUAUGUUAAAGUUAUAUUAAAUGGUAAAUUAAGAGCUAAAACAGUUACAUUUGAAGAGACAAUUAAUCCACAAUGGAAUUCAGUUUAUUUUUUGCCAGUUACAAAUGAACAUCAACAUUAUUUAUUGGAAAUUAUGGACGCUGAACCUGAAGGUAAAGAUAGAUCAUUAGGUACUGCGGCAAUCAAUAUUGCUGAUUUUAUCAGAAAAAAUGAUGAAGGUUAUUUCUUAGGAUACGACGGAGGAAAUGAAGUUAUUGAACAAGCUGUAUUAUUUAACUCAGAACCAACAGGCUCUAUUUAUUAUUCAGUUUCAUUUUUCCCCACAAUUCCAACAUAUUCAUUGUCACAAUUACAUAACGAGCAAGCUUAUCAAAAACAACUUGAAGAAAAACAAAAACAAGAAGAAGAACAAUAUCAAAGAGACAAAAAAUUAUAUAGAGAUAAUCCAGAAGAAUUUCAAUGGGUUGAAAUUCAAGAAGACAAUAGUAAAGAACCACCGAAGAUUGAAGUUAAAUUAGAAGAUGCGAUUAAAUAUAGAGCUGGUGCAAUGACUUGUCAUUUAUUUGAAGGUCAUUUUGAAAGAAACGAAGUUUACGUACAAAUAUUAUUUGAUGAGCAAGUACAUCCAUCGGGUAUUACUUCAAAAAUUGAAACGAAAAGUUUGUCAACUAAAACCAAUGCUGAAUGUUUCAUUAGAGAUCUACCAAAUUCAAUUAUUGUUUUCAGAGUGACUAAAACCGCUGAUGUUACAAAUGAAAAAGAUAUAGUUGCUGAAAAAAUAUUUAGCACUAUUGAUAUAUAUGAGAAAUCGUAUAAAAACGCAAUAAAAUUGAACCUAGGAGGAAAGAAUUCAGUUGAAGUUCAAUUAGAGUUCACUCCUUCCAUUGCUAAAUUAGCUCCAUUAGAUACUAUUUUGGAUGUUGGUAAAGUUAAAUUGGAAAUCAUUGGUGCAGAAUCUUUAAAAUCUGUCGAUUCAAAUGGUAAAUCCGAUCCAAUAUGUGUUGUUAAAUUAGAUGGAGUUGAAAUUUUUAGAACUCAAAAGAGAAGAAAGACUUUAGACCCAUUAUGGAACGAAGCUGUUGAGUUCCCAAUGAUUUCAAGAUCUAGACAAUUAUUAUUAUUGGAAGUCUAUGACUGGGAUUUGACUCAUGAUGAUGAGUUAUUAGGUAUUGCUAAUUUGGAUAUCUCAGAAAUUCCUGCAUUAACAACAACACCAUUUACUGUCAAUUUAAAUACUCAAGGUAAAUUAAAUUUAAGAGCAACAUUCUUCCCCGAAUAUAUUAGACCACCAUUGAAUCCUAAUUCAUUAUUACCGAUUGAUUUGAAUAUGGUUACAGAUGCACCAAUGAAAAUGGUUGGUAGUGUUGGAGAAAUUGCUCACAAUGCAGUUGGUACUGGUAUUGGUACUGUUUCAGAUUCAUUAACUAAAGGACAUGGAUUUUUGAGUAGUUUCAAAAGUAAAAGAAAACGUGGUAAAGAUAAACAUAAUAAUAAUAAUAAUGAUGCAGCAAGUGAAUUUAGUCCUAUUAAAUCUCAAUAUUCAAAUGAUACUGAUAAUGAACAUAAGGAUAAUCAAGAAAAACAUGAAGAAUCAAAAGAAGAAGAACAACAAGAUGGAGAUGAUAUUCCAGAAGAAGAAAAAGAAUUUAGAAAAACACAAGAUGCUGAAAUUGCAAGUAUUAAUGCAUUACCAAAUGUUAGAGAAAAAGGCUUACCAGCUCCUCAAAUGCCAACUUUGAAACCACCAGGUGUAAUUGGACAUUCACGUAAUACAAGUACAGCAACUGAUGCAACUAGUUUUUCAACAGGUCCAGAUUCAGUACCUGGUAGAUUAACAAUUAUUGAAGCUAAAAAUUUCCAACCAUCAAAAAAUCUUGAAGUUAAAGUUACAUUGAGAUCCUCAACAAAAGAUAAACUGUUGAUAAAGACAAGACCAACUAAAUUUGAUAAACAUUACCAGUCAUAUAGAUGGAGUGAAAGUGUUCCAUUUAGAAGUUCGCAAACCGGUCAAUUGAUUAUAAAUUUAAGAGAACAUCAUACAUUUGGUAAGAGUGUAUCCUUGGGUGAACAAGUUUUGAAUUUAGCUGAUUAUAUAAAUGUUAGUGAAAACAUACCAAUAAAUGUUGGUGAAGGUAUCUUAAUUAUAAAUUUAAAAGAAUUCAGAACUUAA